AAAAAUAAUAUCAAAUGCUUGUCUUUUUCUCUCUCUUGCCCUUACUGCCCAUUUUCCACUUUUUAAUAUUUCAAUCCUGCCCGACCUGCCCGUAGUGGAAAAAACUUUCCCUCUCUUACAAGCACUCUCUCCCGCUUUCACCUCUCUCUCUCUCUCUCUCUCUCUCCAAAGUUCCACUUUGCUUUUAUAGUUUGGUCUAAAUUCACAACUGAGUUUAGUUUGGUUUGGUUUGUGUUACAUGUGUUUGAUAACACAAUGAUUAUUGUUUUUUUUGUUGUUGCAUAGUGUAUAUGAUGAGUUUUUCUAAUUGAAGUAUCAUUAUUUUUCUUAUAUUAAUUUUUAAUAUAAAGUUUGAGACUUUUGGGCAUGGAAAUUUGUUUGUGAGAGUUUUUAGAAGAUGGGGUGUGUGAAUAGCAAUGCAAUUAAAGCAGGAAGUUUAGAUGUUGACAAGUCAAAGGAAAACAAGAAGGUUGAUGUUGCAAAGAAGAAGAGAAGAUGGUGCUUUAGAUUCAGUUUUAUUGGAAUCUGCAUACCUUCAAGAUCAAAAUUUAAUAUCUCAACAUGUGGCACUGCCACUACUAGUAACCAUAUUGGUGAUAAUAAUACCAAGUCAGUAAUAAUUCAAUCAGAGGAAAACAAAUCUACAUCUGAAACAAACACAAAGGGAUCAAAUGGCAUUGCAAGUUCCUCUACAACAACUAGUAAUGAGGAAAGUAUCUUUUCAACUUCAAAAUUCAGUGAGGAGUUGAAAGUUGCUUCUUGUUUGAGAAAAUUCACAUUCAAUGGACUUAAAGUUGCAACUAGGAAUUUCAGACCAGAGAGUCUUCUAGGUGAGGGAGGUUUUGGUUGUGUCUUCAAAGGUUGGAUUGAGGAGAAUGGAACUGCGCCUGUUAAACCGGGAACCGGACUUACUGUUGCUGUCAAGAUCCUUAAUCACAAUGGACAUCAGGGUCACAAAGAAUGGCUUGCUGAAUUAAACUAUCUUGGUAAUCUUGUCCAUCCUAAUCUUGUUAAAUUGGUAGGUUUCUGUAUUGAAGAUGAUCAAAGAUUGUUGGUUUACGAGUUUAUGCCACGAGGAAGCUUGGAGAAUCAUCUCUUUAGAAGGCCCUUGCCUCUUCCUUGGUCUAUCAGAAUGAAAAUUGCACUCGGUGCUGCAAAAGGUCUCGCUUUUCUCCACGAAGAAGCUGAUAGGCCUGUGAUAUAUCGCGAUUUCAAGACAUCUAAUAUUCUAUUAGAUGCGGAAUACAACGCGAAGCUUUCUGAUUUUGGACUUGCAAAAGACGCUCCUGAGGGCGAAAAAACACACGUUUCAACACGAGUUAUGGGAACGUAUGGUUAUGCUGCUCCGGAAUAUGUGAUGACUGGACAUUUGUCAUCAAAAAGUGAUGUCUAUAGCUUUGGAGUAGUCCUACUUGAAAUGCUCACUGGACGACGAUCUAUUGACAAGAAAAGACCAAAUGGUGAACACAAUCUAGUGGAAUGGGCAAGACCUGUACUUGGAGACAGGAGGACAUUCUACCGAAUAAUCGAUCCACGCCUCGAAGGUCAUUUCUCAGUUAAAGGAGCACAGAAAGCAGCAUAUGUGGCUGCUCAAUGCCUUAGCCGCGAUCCAAAAUCUCGACCUCUAAUGAGUGAAGUUGUUCAAACUUUAAAGCCAUUGCCUGCCCUUAAGGAUAUGGCCAUAUCAUCUCAUCAGUUCCAGGUCGCACGCGUCGAUCGAACCAUGUCAAUGCCUAAUCCUAAAAAUGGUAUUAGAACAGGUUUAGCUUCUUUACCAAAAAAGGGUCAGCCUGUAAGAGCAUUGUCAAGUUCAAAUUAUGGACACAGUUCGCCAUAUCCUCGCUAUAGUAAGUCUCCGAAACCUAUUGCAUAAGAAUGAUUGUUUUGUACCUUUAACUCACUACGUUAUUCAUUCAGUUCCCUCAAAUUAGGUCAUCAUUGUUUAGUGUAUGUUUGGAUUUACGGUGAUUUUACCAUAAUCAUGUUGUACUACUGUGAUUUUGACUAAAGUUACACUUUGAAGCUUUCAUAAAAUCACGAUGGCACUGUGAUUUCGUUAAACUCCUUGCAAUUCCAAACAUGCUUUUAAUCUCAAAUUGGUCAAGGCCAUGAGACAAUUUGGUAUUAUAUAUUAGGAGUUGGAUUGUUCCACCUUACCAUUGGUUUUCUUCCUUUUCAUUAUGUAUUUUUUGUAAAGAAGAAAAAAAGGUGGUGUUAACUAUUGUUAGUGAUAGAUUUUUUUUACAUGUUUAUUCAACAAUAUAUACAUUUCAGUUAAUGUAUGUACUUUAUUAAUGUAACUAGAUGUUAUACUUAUUUGAGAAACAUGCUAGAGUUUUGAGCUC